AUGAUGGAAGAAGAUACUGAAAGAAUUACAUUAAACUUAAACUCCAAGAGGAGGUCUAAAAGGAGAUCCUCAUCAAUAUUGAAGACUACAGCAGGACCAUUACAUGACAUUGACCCUAACAAACAGGAUGGAUGUACUGUCCCACUCAAGAAAUCUAGACCCUCCUUAUCAAGAAGAGUCAGCUUUGCUAAAAUCCUCGAAGUCAAGGAAUUUCCUCGAGACUCACCACGUAGAUGGGAAGAUUCUCCAGCCCAAGAACCAGCAGCAGAAACAGGAAAUGAUCCUGUACUUGUAUCAGCUCCAGUGUCAAAGGUACCUGAAGACCAGCAUGAAGGUUCGCAAGUACCAGUGCUACCUUGUGCAUUUGCUCCUCAAGUAGGGAAUGAAUUUGAUAAAAACACAAAUUACCUAAGUGGUCAGUUGACUCAGAAUGAAGUCAUGAUUUCUGGGAGCUCUGGUGCUGUUGAUUCACAACAAACACAGCAGCGGUCACAGGAAUCUAAGAUUGAUGGCAGUUCAUUGCUGAAAAGUCUUGUUGGAACGAGUGCACCAACCAGAGGAGAAAAGGGGUUGGAGUACCACACACAAGUCCAGAAGGAGUCCAGUCUUGGAUCUAAAGUUGGGGGCAUGGAUAGAAAGGUUGAUGGCAUGGCUUUGUUGCAGGCACUUGGUGGUGGGAGUUCCAACACUUCUACGGAGUCAGAACUGAUGUCAACUUCUAAGUUGAAGGAGAGUUUCACAGAUCUGACCAAUAAGACCAGUCUGUUUUCAGAAAGUGAAUUCAUGGAUCAGAGCAAAACAGCUUCCUGUCAUAGACAGCUGGUGGAGGCAGAGGCUUGUCUUAAAGGAUUGAGAGAACGCACUCCAUUGAUGGCACUGAACAACGAGGCUGCCAGUGAUGUCAGAUAUGCAGUACCAAAUGAAGACCAAGAUGACAAGACAAUUGUGUUUUCUCUUGGGGAUGACAUGCAACAAACUGAAGUGUUGCCUACAGAGCUACAAAUAAACUCGCAUCCCUCUGGUGGAGAAGUAUCUGGUGCAUCUGGACCCAUGAAUAGACAAAGCCUUCUUCAGUCUUUAGGGGGAUCUGACGAGAUUGACAGUCCAAAAGAAUUAUUUGCAAAGAAGUUUGAAACAUCAAACACAAACAUUGUGAAAACCCCUCAGAUUCAGGACAAUAGAAACACUCCGCUCAUCAUUGAAGGGAGCCAGUGGAAAGAAUAUGAUAUAGCACAUCAGAGAGAGCCAACAAUAAUGUUCCAACAAGGACUGGAAAUGGAGGAAACAAAAGUUUUACAUGUUCCAAUUGAUAUGCCAGGCACUUUGCCAUGUACUGAUGAACCUGAAAACAGAACUGUACAAUUCUAUCUUGGAAGUGACUCAGAAGAAAUAAAAACAACUGAAAAUCACAUAUUCAGACAGGUAGAACAAAAGUCUGCAAACAAAACACAGAUAUUUCAGGAUGGGGCUGACAUGGAACAAACAGAAGUUAUUUCAAACAAUAUUUUAUCAAACAGAUCAACUCUUCAGCAGUCCGGUAACAAGACACAGAUAUUUCAGGAUGGGGCUGACAUGGAACAGACAGGAGUCCUCACGAACAAUAUUUUAUCAAAUAGAUCAACUCUUCAGCAGUCUGGCAGUAAGACACAGAUAUUUCAGGAUGGGGCUGACAUGGAACAAACAGAAGUUAUUUCAAACAAUAUUUUAUCAAACAGAUCUACUCUUCAGCAGUCUGGCAGUAAGACACAGAUAUUUCAGGAUGGGGCUGACAUGGAACAAACAGAAGUUAUUUCAAACAAUAUUUUAUCAAACAGAUCAACUCUUCAGCAGUCCGGUAACAAGACACAGAUAUUUCAGGAUGGGGCUGACAUGGAACAGACAGGAGUCCUUACGAACAAUAUUUUAUCAAAUAGAUCAACUCUUCAGCAGUCUGGAAGUAAGACACAGAUAUUUCAGGAUGGGGCUGACAUGGAACAAACAGAAGUUAUUUCAAACAAUAUUUUAUCAAACAGAUCUACUCUUCAGCAGUCUGGCAGUAAGACACAGAUAUUUCAGGAUGGGGCUGACAUGGAACAAACAGAAGUUAUUUCAAACAAUAUUUUAUCAAACAGAUCAACUCUUCAGCAGUCCGGUAACAAGACACAGAUAUUUCAGGAUGGGGCUGACAUGGAACAGACAGGAGUCCUUACGAACAAUAUUUUAUCAAAUAGAUCAACUCUUCAGCAGUCUGGCAGUAAGACACAGAUAUUUCAGGAUGGGGCUGACAUGGAACAAACAGAAGUUAUUUCAAACAAUAUUUUAUCAAACAGAUCUACUCUUCAGCAGUCUGGCAGUAAGACACAGAUAUUUCAGGAUGGGGCUGACAUGGAACAGACAGGAGUCCUCUCAAACAAUAUUUUAUCAAAUAGAUCAACUCUUCAGCAGUCCGGUAACAAGACACAGAUAUUUCAGGAUGGGGUUGACAUGGAACAGACAGGAGUCCUCAUGAACAAUAUUUUAUCAAAUAGAUCAACUCUUCAGCAGUCUGGCAGUAAGACACAGAUAUUUCAGGAUGGGGCUGACAUGGAACAAACAGAAGUUAUUUCAAACAAUAUUUUAUCAAACAGAUCUACUCUUCAGCAGUCUGGCAGUAAGACACAGCUAUUUCAGGAUGGGGCUGACAUGGAACAGACAGGAGUCCUCACGAACAAUAUUUUAUCAAACAGAUCUACUCUUCAGCAGUCUGGCAGUAAGACACAGAUAUUUCAGGAUGGGGCUGACAUGGAACAAACAGAAGUUAUUUCAAACAAUAUUUUAUCAAACAGAUCAACUCUUCAGCAGUCCGGCAGUAAGACACAGGUAUUUCAUGAUGGAGCUGACAUGGAACAAACAGAAGUUAUUUCAAACAAUAUUUUAUCAAACAGAUCAACUCUUCAGCAGUCCGGUAACAAGACACAGAUAUUUCAGGAUGGGGCUGGACAGGAGUCCUUACGAACAAUUUUAUCAAAUAGAUCAACUCUUCAGCAGUCUGGCAGUAAGACACAGAUAUUUCAUGAUGGAGCUGACAUGGAACAGACUAGAUCUCUAGAAAGCAAUAUUGUCAGAAGUUCCAUGAACAUUCCCUUCAAAGUGGCUGCCAGUGUCGACCCUUCUUCUGAAGUUGAUAAUAAAACAGUUGUCUUUCAUGACGGUGUAGACAUGGAUGAAACAUGUGCUGCAACAUCCAAUAUAGAUUUAUAUAGACAAAUUGGUGAUCAAAUAUCACAGUCAGGGAGUAACCUGGCACAGGGUAACAUUAAAACCAAAUCUUCACUUACAACAUCUGCCAGACUGAAGAGACUGUCUGCACGAUUCUCGUCAGGUGGUGACAAUGUGACUGGUCGAUUGAGUCUAGGUGGAGACAUUCUCACUACUCGUGUGAUAAAGAAUGCUGAGUCAGACAUGGAUGGUGAUAAGACACCAUCCAUUGCCAGGAAUACCAUACGAUUGGCAGGACCAACACCCAGAAAAGGCGAGGAAAAAAUAUGUGAUGUAGCCCUUGAAGGCAGGAAAGCUGAUGUUUCCAUAUUGUUUAAAAAUGAUGGUGGGUCUGACCUUCAAAAUGUUACCGAUCACAGUGGGCCAAACCUACAAAUGAUUACAGACAAUGGUACACACCUUCCCAAAGUUACAGGUAACAGUGUGUCGGACUUUCCGCAGACUAUAGCACAGGUCACAGAGUUUCCAUCACAGAACAACGACAUGAAAACUGAGGAGCCAGAUGGCCAGCCAGUCGUUGAUACUGUCCUAUCUCUAUGUGAGGCAAAUGUAGGUAUAACAGAGAUUCUGCCACCAGUGGAUUUGGAUAUCGCGGAUAUGCUUCCUCCAGAUGACUUAAUAAUGAGCACACUCCACACAUCAACCACGACAGACCUCCCAGCACUGAAGAAGACGAGGAAUGGAUUAGUGGAGCGUAAAGACAGCAGCGGGAGUGACUCCUCACAUUCGCAGUCAGUGACUAGCUACAGCCUUGUCAGUAACUAUAGCAACUACAGUAUGACAGAGUCUAUGCUGGAAAGCACCCGAAGAGAAGUAGAUGGCCCACUUACAGUAAAGAAAGUAUGCUUAUUGCUGGAUAUACCCAGCUUUAGAUGGUUGGAAUUCCAUGUGAUUACUGACCGUUGUAGCAUUCUCCCAGGAGAGCAAGUGGAUACAUCCGACCUGAGGAAUGUGUUAAAAGCCUGUGCAGUACAGAGUCCCUUUUACCUGGUCCAUUUCCACAUCUAUACCCAGGCAGUUAGACAAUCUGACCUGAAAAGAGACAAGGCAGAAGAACUUGACAAUCUGUUUACGCAGGAGGAGAGCAAACCUAACCUGUUCAAGGCUGUAGAACAGAGCACAGAACAGCAAAGAAAAAUUCUGCGAGAGAAAGUGCUAGCCUGUUCCAAAGUGAGCUCAUUACUUGGCAAAACAGAAUGGAAGAAUGUACAGACGCAGGCUACUGUCCAGUACAGAGAGACCCUGCAAGAUCAAUACAGUCGUCUACAGAGCCAGUCUUCUGACGUUAGCACUGCACUUCAACAGUCUCAGGGACUUAUCACAACUUUAGACACAGUGUUGUCAGAUUUAGAUGCUGAGUCAGCAAAUCUUGAGGACUCUAAACUUCCUUCUGAAGAGGAAAUUCAACAAUGGAAUCUGGCACAACAGGAGUUUUCUGUUAAAGAAGCAGAUCUUAAGCACCAAGAAGAGGAACAGACCAAACUUGCAAGUGAACGGGACAAUAUCCAUUCAGAAUUGGCUAUACUCAAGGACCGAGAUCAUCUGUUAGUUAAUGAGCUGAGGCAAGACGCAAAGCAGGUAUUAGAGAAUUUGAAGUUUGAGAAGUUAGAAGUCAGGGAGGAUCUGGAUUGGAUGAAAAGAUGCCUAGAGUGGAGACCUGACCGCUGUGAGAAGGAGGCCGUAUCCUAUCUAUUUUAUGAUGACUCCCUCCUGUUAGAAACUACACUGGAUACCAGUCAUCAUCGCCGCCUUCAGUCAGCCAAGCUCACAUCCACACUUACAGACCUUCCAUCCAAACCAAUCAGCCACUUUGCUGACAAAUCAAAAGAAAUCAUGGCCCUGAUGCAUCGUCUAAUAAUUCAUAGUAUCAAGGAGCAAAACAUACUGACAAAGUAUAUAGGAACGCCUCUAGAGGAACAAUAUAAGUUCCUGAGGGCUGUGUCAAUGGUUGUGUGUACAGGUCGAAGCUUGGCCCAGGAGAUUACCAGAAUAGAAUUCAACAACUGGAUGACAAUACAAGAACAAGGGCUGUCAGUGGAAUUCUGGUGUGAAGAAGCAGGAAGGAAAAUCGAUGUAGAUUUUGAUCUCAAACUGAAGUACCGGGAUUACAGUGUGUCGCCCACUGUAAGAGUGGAUAUUGGCAAAUUCAGACCUGAAGAUGUUUUGAGGCAGAUGAGUGUAGUUCCACACAUGGGAACAAGAUAUUUCGAAAGGCUUUGUAAAACCAUUGACCUUAAUGACACGACAGUUGUCCCAGAGACAGAUUGCUGUUCAUGACAUGGGUGUUGUUAAAAUUGGACAGUAGGUUAGUCUUCACUAUUGCAGAGACUAAAUUGAAAGCAGCACUCUAUAUCAAUCAUCUCU